CCCCGCGACGACCACGUCAAAUCCCCCGCCAACCACGUGCAAUUCUAUCCCAUCCUUCCAACUUCCAACUGUCACUACCGAAAAGAAAGAAAAGAAGGACACAGCCCCGAGAGAACGAAGAUGUCGUUCUUCGGCAACUUCGACGUCGCGAAGCUGGCAUCACAGCUGGGCAACUUCAAGAUCCCCGACGACCCAGAGAUCAUCAAACAAGGCCACCAGGACUAUGGAUACAGCAACUACGGUUCCCACGGCUCAGGCUAUGACGGCAGACCGCCGGCGGGUUACGCCGGCGGUCCGCAGAACGGCGCCGACGAGUACAAGCGCGAGCACCCCGCCGCCUUCGGCUCCAGCGACCCCACGCGCUCCGCCUAUUCUGAUCCCGUCUCCGAGGGGAGUGCCAUGUCGUCCGUCGCCGCUGGCGUAGCUGCCAGCGCCGCCGGGGGUGCUUACGGUUCCGCACCGCAGUAUCCCUCUCCGCAUCCCGGUAGGUAUGGUGAUUCCACAUCAUCUAGCCCGUAUCCCCAGCCGCAGCAGCAGCAACAAAGCUACGGACGACCUCCCUCGCCGGGUUAUGGAAGGCCCCCUUCACCUGGUUACGGAAGACCUCCCUCGCCGCGGCUGCCUGAGGGAUGGGUCAAGCGAUUUGACGACAACAGCAGACGGUGGUACUACAUCAACCAAGCAACUGGCGCUUCUCAGUGGGAGGCGCCUGCGCCACCGCCGGCCAUGUCUCCUCCGCCAAUGUCACCACUGGGCCAUGGAGGGUAUGGAGAUGCUUCUCGGUAUGGCGGACAUUCGCCUCAGCCUGGCUAUGCUCCUCAACCUGGCUAUGGAGGCCACUCACCACAGUCCGGCUACGGAGGUCCACCACCCCAACCGGGGUACGGCGGACCUUCUCCCCAACCCAGUUACGGGGGUCAGUCCCCACAGCCCGGAUACGGAGCCUAUGCGGGCGGUGCGGCUGCGGCAGCUGCAGGAGCUGGAGCCGGGUACUACGCCGGACAGCAAUACGGGCAGGGUCAACCCCAUGGGUACGACCAGCCUCAACAGUACGGCCAACCCCAGCAACCCGAGCAGUACGGUCAGCCCUAUGGUCAACAGCCUCAACAGCAGUACGGACAGCAGUACGAACAGGGAUACGGCAGUGAAGAGAAGAAGAAAAAGAAGAAGAGCGGCAACGGCAACAUGUUCCUCGGCGUGGCCGGUGGUCUCGCGGUGGGUGCGCUGGGAGGCGCGCUUAUCGCCAAUGCUCUAGAUUCCGACUCAGACUCUGAGCACCACGAGCAUCACUACGAGCGCCAUUCAUCAUCUGGGUCUGAGGACCAUUAUCGCGGCCGAGAUGAUGGUGAUCGGGAGUCUGAUAGGGAGGAGUAUGGCGGCGACUACUACGAUGAUUAGGUUGAUCGAAUACCGCCGUCUGGGCCCGAGUAUGGCCCCCCGGUUAUCUGGGUUGAUGAAAAUGGUCAGGUCUACGAGGGAGAGAGAGACGUGCAGGGGGUCCAGGGGCAGCCUCAGGAGCCUCCGGAGGAUUAUUGGGAGUAUGGCGACGAGGACAAUGUCGUGUACACCGGAUAUGGUGAAGUUGUCUACGAUGACGAGCAGGGUGCUGACGAGGCUCGCAACGACGAUGACUAUGCUGGCGGCACCUUUGAUGACAGCCACGGCGACGAUGAAUACGACGAUGGUGGCUAUUAUGACGAUGGCCAUGGCGGCGAUGAUUAUGCUGAUGACUACUAUAAUGAUUAGGUUGGUCGAGUAUGGACUUUUACUGGGGUUU